UAAGUUCGAACUUGUGACAGAAGUUCGGAAAAUGCUCGUUAAAGAAAUGUUCUUAUUGUUUAUUGGAAUAGCAGGUGGAUAUAACAUAGACAUAGAUUUUCCUUUUAUUGGUCAUAGCAGGAAUACUAAUAACAGUGAUUAUUUCGGUUAUAUCGUACAUCUCUAUUAUGAGCCGAGCUCUCAUACAUCUUGGUACAUAGUCGGAGCGCCGAAAGGAAACUAUUCUGUGCCUUCAACAAAUAUGACCGAACCUGGUGUCGUGUACCGUUGUCCGAUUAAAACUGGUAGCUGUCAAGAAAUUAAACCAAAAAUAAUCAAAAACGAGGAACGACACCUGGCACAACUCAAUUUGAAUUUGUUCAUACGAAAGCAAUACGGCUGGUUCGGAAGUGCAAUUUCUAUAGACGAGAUAAAUGGAAUUUUAACUGUGUGCGCACCACGGACAAUUGUGGUACUUUUAUCAGGUAUCAAUUUGGAAACCAUGCAGGGGAUGUGUUACAGCGGAGCAGUUUCUUCGAAUGAGUUGUUCAUCGAAGAUAAGGAUCUUCAGACUCACGAUUUCAAGAGGCCAUUUUGGUACAAUCCCAUGCAUGGUUUUUCUGUUCAUUAUCCUUCAGCAAAGAGAAAUGAAGAUAAAAAGGAUAGGAAGAUCAUGAAAAUAAAUCGCAUUGUUGGAGAACCGAAACAUGAGUCUUCUGGAACUGUAGAUAUAACGUACGCAAAUAAGAACGUGACUAUAGAGUAUCCGUCAAAUGAUGACUUAUCUCAGUUUGGCUACAGCGUUGAGUCCGGUUACUUCUUUAAAAGCGAUCAAUUACUGUUCGCCAGUGGAGCGCCUGGUUGGCGAUAUGUAGGCCUGGUAGGAAUAAUCGAUCCGGCAUCAACUACACCUAUCGUUACAACGUUAUAUGGCACGCAUAUUGGCGAAUUUUUUGGAGCCAGUUUGGCUGUAGGAGAUUUAAAUAAUGAUGGUUUAGAUGAUCUUCUAGUCGGAGCACCUUAUUGGGGAGAAGACAUUGGCAGAGUAUAUGCAUAUCUCGGUACAUCUAAAGGACAGUUUGAAAUUGCUGCAACUUUACAGGGGACCGUAGAGGGAGGUCAUUUUGGAUAUAGCAUAACUAGUGGUGAUUUAGAUGCCGAUGGAUUCGAUGAUAUUAUUGUGGGUACGCCUUGGGAAGAUGAUGGAGUGAUUUAUAUAUUCAAUGGUGGUCCAGAUUUGAAGAAUACGAAUUUACACGUAUCACAACGAAUCGAAGUUGCAGGAAUAUCUAUUCCUCAAAAUGUAUCAAAAAAAAUACAGACAUUUGGCUUUUCAUUAUCAAAACCGGUUGAUAUUGAUCAAAAUCUGUAUUUGGAUAUCGCAGUUGGAGCAUAUAAAACAGGACAUAUUCUAAUACUACGUAGUAAACCGGUAGUGAAAACAGAACUUUUUAUUGAAACUAUACCUGAUACUUUACAAAGAAAUGCUCAGUACUUUUUAGUUAAGAUAUGUCCAAGAUACACCGAAUAUAAGAUUCAAAGUAAAAAAGAAUCUAAGAUCACGAUCAUUGUAGACGAACGUUAUCAACGGACUGAACAAACAAUUUUACAAUUAAAAUCUAAUUUAACAUCGGACACCUGUCUUUCCACUCGAGUUAAUAUUUCGAAAGAUAUACGAGAUUUUAUCGAACCAAUUAGCAUCUUUGCGAAACAUGAAUUUUUACAUAACUCAUCGCGUGCAUUUUGCAAAAUCUGUGCUGUUGAAAAACAAAACAGCCAACCCCAAAUUGCACAAGUUUUACUUCCUUUCAACAUUGAUUGUGGAGAAGACAAAAUUUGUAACUCCAAUAUAUCUGUUACUGCGAAAUUUCAUAAUGUACGACAUAAUGAUACGUGGGUCAUUGGCUCAAACGAUAUAAGUUUAGAGAUUAAUUUAAAGAAUCACGAAGAACCUGCGUAUCUUACCAUGCUCGAGUUCACGUUUCCUGUGGGAGUAAUGUUACGUAGCAUUUUAACUUCUUGUCAGGAAGACGCCUCUAAAGAAAAUUUAAUAGUAAUCUGUGGUAUGGGCAAUCCUAUUUGGAAGGAGGAGGAGAAAAGUGUCAAGCUUGAUUUGGAUAUGAAACACUUAAUUAAUGCAUCGUUAUAUGACCAUAAAUUAGAUUUCCAGAUAACGAUACAAACUCGUAGUAUAAAUCGUGGAAUGAAGCAUGUAGUGAAAAGUCUUAAUUUAGUAAACGAGGUUUCUCUGUCUUUGCAUGGGAAAGCAAAUGAAGAAGCUUACUACGUAUCUACUUCAAACAAAAUUAUUCCAAAUAUUACUUUUCAACAUGCUUAUCAAGUGUAUAAACUAGGAGCAUCACCUAUAGAGGAUGCGCGGCUCGUUGUUAAAGUACCAUUAGCUAUUAAUGACUCAGAUACUUUAAUACACGUGUAUAAACCUCAAGUAUACAUAUCAGGGAAAUUUCUUGAAUGCUCCUCAGAGAGUACACUAUUGGACACUAGAAUAGAUGAAGUUCAAGAGGAGCCAUCUUUAGAUCAGUUUUAUAUGUCUAUGUAUUCAAAUAAAAUGCGACAGGAUAACGUUCAUGCGGUAAACAAAAGAGAUUUAAAAGAAUCAGCUGUACAUUCCUAUGAUGGAAAUAUUAAAUCUCCAGAAACAUUGAACAGUAAUUGGACAAAUGAGAUUAUUUAUAUGAAUUGUUCAAUGUUUAAUGUAAAUUGUAUGACCAUUAUGUGUGAUUUAAGUUUGCUAAAAUCAUUACAAGAUACUGCAAGGAUAGUAAUUAAACUUUUUUUAGACGUUGAUAAACUUAAAGGUAACUUUAGUAACAAUAGAGUUGUUUUAAAAUUCACUACCGAGGCAGGCACAGAAAUAAUAAAACCUGCUGUGAGAUUACAUGUUAAUGAUACCCGAUCUAUGGUAGAAGUUGUGACAAUGUUCUAUAAUAUUCCCAAAAUGGAAGAACUACAGCUAUGGAUUGUUCUUGUUUCUGUUUUAGUAGGAUUGUUGUUGCUAUCUAUAUUUGUUAUAAUUUUAAACAAGUUGGGUUUCUUUAAACGUAAAGGAAAGCAAAACUUAAUGAAUCAAGAAAGUAACGAAGUGAUGGAAAAUGGAACCACAAUUACAACUAAAUCUGAAGGUACCUAAUACUUAGUGGA